AAAUUCAUCAAUUCGAAGAUUCCUUAUUUCUUUACUUCACCCAACGACGCCGCCGUUGCCGUUCCUAAUGCUAAUUGCUAUUGCUAACUAAACAAAAUUAAUUUAUUUAACAACAGAUUUCAACUCCUCUUCUUACGGAUCUGACCCGAACCCGAAUCAUGGUAUCCGUUUCCGAUUUCGACGUGGUGCCAGAUCGGUGCCGGUCCAACUCGCCAAUUUCGAGUCAUUCGCCGAGACGCAUCUCCAGUUCCCGUAGAUCCCAUUCUUCUUCGUCCUUGUCGUUUUCGUCGUGGUAUCGAAGGAAACGAACCAAAGUGCUUCUGGCGCUUAUUGCGUUGCUAGCUUCAUUUUUUGUUGUGAAUUGGAUUAUGCUUGUACGGCUACAACAUCAACACGAUGGACCCCAUCCUAUUCCGAAGCCAACGCCUCCUUCGUCUGUUUCGGUUUCCCUUCAGGGGAAAUGGAACAAGUCUGGAAAUAGGAAAAAAUCACAGAAGGGAAAUUAUGUAAGGAUGUUGGCAUUGACUGCACAUGCUUUAGCAGAGAAUAAACGUGAACCAAAAGAUUUGUGGCUGGAACCAUUCGCCCCUGCUUCUGUUUGGAGACCUUGUGCUGAUCAGCGUAAUUGGGCACCUAAUGAAGGAAAUAAUGGAUACAUUUUGGUUACUGCAAAUGGGGGAAUCAAUCAGCAACGAGUAGCUGUUUGUAAUGCUGUUGUUGUGGCCCGGUUACUCAAUUCAACUUUGGUUGUGCCCAAAUUUAUGUACAGUAGUGUAUGGAGAGAUGUGAGUCAAUUCAGCGAUAUCUAUCAGGAGGAGUAUUUUAUUAACUACUUGACUCCUGAUAUUCGGAUAGUGAGGGAACUUCCUAAUGAACUGCAGUCUUUGAACUUGGAGGCAAUCGGUAGUGUUGUGACAGAUGUUGACAUGGAGAAGGAGGCCAAGCCAAGGUUUUACUUGAAACACAUCCUACCUAUUAUACUUAAAAAUCAAGUUGUUCACUUUGUUGGAUUUGGGAAUCGCUUGGCAUUUGAUCCAAUACCGUUUGAGCUGCAGAGACUUCGUUGCAGAUGUAAUUUUCAUGCCCUGCAAUUUGUUCCCAGAAUACAAGAAACUGGUGCUUUGCUUCUUAAAAGGUUGCGCGAACAUGCAGGUCUUAUAGGACCAUUGGACCGUUAUCUUGUCGGUCCAUUUGCAGAAUCAAUUAAGGAGGAAAGUGGAAAUCAUGAGAAGAAAGCAUCCAAGUACCUAGCUUUGCAUCUCAGAUUUGAAAUUGACAUGGUAUCUCAUUCUUUAUGUGAAUUUGGGGGAGGUGAAGAAGAGAGGAAAGAAUUGGAAGCAUACCGUGAAAUCCAUUUUCCUGCAUUGGCACUGCUGAAGAAGACUACAAAAUUACCUUCUCCUUCAGAACUCAGGGCUGAAGGCCUAUGUCCUUUGACACCUGAAGAAGCCAUCCUUAUGCUUGCUGCUCUUGGUUUUAACCGCAAAACACAUAUAUUUGUAGCUGGUUCUAAUUUGUAUGGAGGUAGCUCACGGUUGGUUGCUUUGACAAGCUUGUACCCUAAAUUAGUCACCAAAGAGAACUUGCUUUCAUCAGCCGAACUGGAACCAUUUGCUAAUUAUUCAUCUCAGUUAGCCGCAUUGGAUUUCAUAGGCUGUACUGCUUCGGAUGCAUUUGCCAUGACUGAUUCAGGAAGUCAGCUAUCAUCUUUGGUGUCUGGGUAUCGAAUAUAUUAUGGUGGAGGAAAAAUGGCAACAAUACGUCCAAAUAAACGCAGGCUUGCUAGUAUAUUUGUGAAGAACUCUACCAUAGAAUGGCGUGUGUUUGAACAGAGAGUGAGGAAAGCAGUUAGACAAACUAAACAUGUACAGACAAGGCCUAAGGCGAGAAGUAUUUAUAGGUAUCCUAGGUGUAAAGAAUGUAUGUGCAGGACAGAUUGAUUUAAUUAUCUAAGCUUGACUGUAAUUGCCAAUUGUAAUUUGUAACACCGUUGUUCAUUAUUCCCAUUCAAUUUUUUCCUCUGGCUAAUCUGCUUAAUCCAUGCCAGUAUAACUACACUCUUGACCAUGACUUUGCGUGGGAUUAAUCUCUGACAGACAGUGAGUGACAAUCAUCUUUUACGUUCCAUCACGCUGGUUAUGUUCAGAAUAUUU